AUGUGGCUCUUGUUUUCUAUUAUAGGAUUCUGUACAUUUUCUUACGGCAACACUCAACAGCAAAUUCCACCUGCUCCUCAAAAUCAGUGUGUGCGGGAAGUCGAACAACUCAGUGCUUCCUGUUUUCAGAGGUCUGGGCUUCCAAUGAGGACUAUUGACGCUGUGUUGACAAAUGGGACUAUAGCACCAUUACCCGCUAAUGCAAAUAUAAUGGAUCUUCGGAAAACGUUAUGUGGCAUAAGAGCCCAGAUAAUACAAUGCGUAGUUCCACCGACUUUAAACAUGCGCGGGAAGCCCCCGUGUACAAACAGUGCAGAAUUCAACUUCGCAGAAAACCAAGUUGUGAGACGAUUAACCGCUCUACAAAAUGCUUGUGGUGCAGGUGUCAUGCCCCAAGCCAACUCUUGUAUGCGCACACUUGACAGAAACAUGCAGCAAUGCUAUACAACAGCUGGGCUUAGUCCCAACAUGUUUGGUUCCAACGAUACAGAAAUCAAAGGAGCCAUCAUCGGGAAGGACAAAGAAUCGGCCGCUAGAUUUUGUGGGGUAAAAAGCACGCUGUUUUCGUGUAUGCGUAAAGUGAUUGACAGUUGUGAAGGAGCCAAUGAGUACAUGUUGCUGACAGGUUAUGACCACGCCUCUAUGGAGGCAAGCAUAGAUCUCCUCUGUGAAGAUAUUGACGUGUACGUAGAAGGACUGGUUUGCUUCCAAAGGCCCAGUGAUGCUGUACAGAAAUGUCUGGACUCCAUGUCGGCCAAUAUGGUAGACUUGGCCGCCAGGCAGAUCCAGCAAAAUCUCGAUAUGAAAGGAUUCUUCUCUGAGUAUUGCAAAAUCCGUGUCGAUCACUUGGGUUGUGACAUGGCAGCUUGGAAACAGUCUUGUAGCAAAGCUGGAGUGGGAUUGAAGAACGAAUUUGAAUGCACUAUGCUCCCUUCAACAUGUCAGAAAGACAAUACUUUACAAGCAGUGCUCAAAGACAAUGUUUGCAAUUCCACGACUUUCUAUAAAGAGUCUCGCCAACACGUAUCAAGAAAAGGCUCUGCGUCCAGCUUUAGACUGUCUGCAGUGCUAGGCUGCUUAGUGAUCUUCUUGCCUAUCAUUUUCGCUUUGUAAACUGACCAGUAGGGAAGGAAAAAUGGCAUAAUGAUUGAGUGCUUUACUGUAUAUAAUUUCCCGAUGUUUCAAGUACAUUUGAGAGAUUUGAUUUUGUAUAUAAAACCGAUAAUGAUUAAUUUUAAAGGAAUUUAAAACUGUGUUGCUAUUAUGAUGAAUUUUGGAUAGGGAUAUGUUUUGAUGCCUUGGGGGAACCCAGGCAAUAUACAGCUAAUACCAAAUAGAUUUUUUUUUAAAAACUCAUAGAAAGUCUUUUGAAAGAGUUUUGUAACUUGCCUUUUAUAUUUUUAGAUAAUAAAAUUGAAUGGUACUUUAA